AUGAGUCCGUUGGUGGUGUUGUUCGCUGUGAUCGCUGCGGCUGCGGCGGCUCCACAAUUCCUAGUCCAGCCGCCGCUGCACUACCAGGCGCAUGCUUUUGGGCAUAUUCUGAAGAAACGAUCAAUCGGCCAUGCUGUAGCUUAUUCGUUGCCAUCGGCAGUGUCGCAUCAGUCCCGCGUGGAUGUGCACAGUUCUCCGGCUGUGGUGACAACAGCAGUGGCCGCGCCCGUGGUUGCUGAGCCAGCAGUUGUCGAAGCUCGCGCUUUGUACGCCGCUCCUGCUUUCUACUCUGCAGGAUCAGCUGUUUCUCACCAAUCUCGCGUGGAUGUGCACUCGUCUCCAGCUGUAGUAGCUGCUGCCCCAGUUGUAGCCGCUUCUCCAGUGGUGGCCGCUCGCGCUGUCGCCCCGGUAGUUGAGGCACGCUCUCUGUACGCCCCUGCAGCCACAGUAUACGCGGGAGGUUCCGCGGUCACCCACCAGUCCCGUGUAGACGUCAAGUCCUCCCCAGCCGUGGUGACCGAGCAGCUGGUCGCUCCGGUGGUCGAAGCUCGCUCCGUUUGGGCUCCAUCAGUGUACACUUCGACGUGGUGA